CCCCCCCCCGCCAGAGGGGAAGGGGAGGGGCCAUAAAGUCUCGCGGGAGAGCGCGGGAGGCGGUUUGAAAGAUGGCGGAUGAGGUGGACCAGCAACAAACAACAAAUACUGUAGAGGAGCCACUUGAUCUCAUCAGACUCAGUCUAGAUGAGCGUAUCUAUGUCAAAAUGAGGAAUGACAGAGAGCUCAGAGGCAGACUACAUGCAUAUGAUCAGCACUUAAAUAUGAUUUUGGGUGACGUGGAAGAAACUGUAACUACAAUAGAGAUUGAUGAAGAAACCUAUGAAGAGAUUUAUAAAUCUACCAAGAGGAAUAUUCCGAUGCUCUUUGUCAGAGGUGAUGGUGUUGUGCUUGUAGCUCCACCAUUGAGGGUUGGUUGAAGCAACAAAGGAUUUAACCUUGUUGGAAAGUUUCAGGCUUUUGGACAAUGGUUUGUGUUUCAAUUAUGUGUCUCAAAAUUCUGUACGUGUUUUUUAUAGGAUGUUUUUCUCUGUUCAUUUGGGAAUGGGAGGGAUGGGGAAUGAGUUUGUCUUGCAGAAGGUACAUGUAGUCAAUUGAAGCAGUGUAAACAAAUGUAACUGUUGUAAAUUGGCAGUCAUGUCACAUCAGGAAAAGAAUCCUUCGGGUUUUUUGAUCUUCACAGUAACACUGUCUUAAUUUUUUGUUUUAAAUAAAUUCGGUUUAUCUUUCA